CACAGACUUCCUGCUUCACCCACUGGUGUCCCCCUGCUGUUCUCUCCGCCUUCCAGGAGCCAUCCCUGCCCCAGCCCCUGACCAGGGAAGGGGCAGGAGCAGGUGGCAAACCCAGCCUCCAGCCUCCAUUGUCCUUGGACGUUGUCAUUGCCUCUUACACCCAUGAGCCUUUGAGGAAGACUGCUAUAGGAUGACUUUGGGACCAGGAUGGUGAUCUGAAAAUGCCCACUGAGCACAAACAGCAGCUCCCCGAGUUUCCAGAGUCUUUCCUCUCUUCUCGUGCCUCUUCCGUAGGAUGUUCACCAUGACCAGAGCUUUAGAAGAGACUCUACGCCAGCACUUCAUAUACCAGAAGCUGGAGAUUGCCUAUGCCAUACACAAGCCAUUUCCCUUCCUCGAAGGCCUCCGAGACAACUCCUUCAUCACUGAGACGAUGUACAGGGAAUCCAUGGAAGCCUACAGAAAUCAGGUCCCUGUACCCAGACUGGUGUACAAUAUCCUCAGCCACCUGGAGAAGAUGUUCAACCUGUCAUUUCUGCAGAUGCUGUUCAGCCGAAUCAACCUGCUUGAAUACCCCCACCUGACAAUGAUCCUCAAGAGCUUCAGAAGUGUUGUCAUUUCCUAUGGAGGAUGGAACAGAGCCAGGCCUACCCUCCUUGAUGUCCCAGCCAACUCAGCCGAAGGGAGCUCCCUCCAGACCCUGCUGUCGUUGCCCCCACCCCAACACCGAUCACAGAGCCUCUCGCCCCACGAGCCCAGUGUCAGUGAGCCCAGCACAUCCACCCAGCACAGCACUGAGAUCUGGACUGAAUCAUCCAGCCCUCCUGGCCCUGCCGUGGCCCUCCCCAGAACCACCCAGGAAGGAAGGAUCACUCCAGAAGACUCACAAGAGGGACCUGGCACUCCGCCUGCCUCUGUGCAAGAGAUAAGAGAUGGCUCUCCUGAACCAAAUGACCCCAAAGAGUUCCAGGCGGCAUCCAUCACACUUCCCAACAAGAAAGGCAAGAAAAGAAAAAGAUGUAUCUGGUCAACUCCAAAAAAGAGACGCCAGAAAAAAAGCCUCUCAAAAGGGAGAGCCUCACCUGAACACACAAUCCAAAAAAAGCUCCGACUGAUGGAUCAGGCGACUGAAAGGAAGGACGAUUCAACCAGCAACUCAGAGGUCAUGACGAAGGCAACGAGUGGAUGUACCCAAACCUUUGGGCCAGACGAAAAGAAAAGGAACAACGAUGUCAGUUCAAGUUCAACCAGAAGGUGUCAGAAAAAUAUUCCCCCAAAGGAAAAACCCGAAGACGACCCCGUGGAUUUUCACUCUCCUAAACUUCCCGUGACGUGUGGUGAAGCUAGAGGGAUUUUAUAUAAGGAGAGACUGAAACGAGGAUCCUCAGAGAAGUGCAUUCAGAAUGAGGAGGGAAUUUGGUUCACCCCAAAAGAAUUUGAAAUUGAAGGAAAACGGGCAACUUCAAGGAAAUGGAAACAGAGUGUGCAUUGCAGAGGAAAGACCUUCGAAGAGCUGCUGAAGAAAGGACUUUUGUUCUGUCCCCCAAGAGUAAAUGUCAAGAGAAAGUGGCAGGAUUUCAAGGAAUGUGAGGUGUGCUGUAGAGGAGGACCACGGCUCUGCUGUGUCCCUUGUCCGAGAGCCUUUCGUGAAGAUCACAUCCCACCUGCAGAGGCUGAGAGGAACCUGUGGAGUUGCACCUUCGGCAGGAUGGAGUCUUCAGGAAGGCAGCAGUGUCACGGGAAAUCUGAGGUCCUGGAGGGGCUGCUACAGCCUGAGGAGCAGUUGAAAUGUGGGUUCCUCCUCUUGAAGGCCUACUGUCACCCACAAAGCUCCUUUUUUGCAGAAACCCCGCGUAAUAUAAGUCAUAUUUGUGAUUAUGGAGAGCCCUUUAAGGAAGCCAUGUGGUUGGACCUGGUUAAGGAAAGGUUGACUGAGGAAGUGUAUACGGUGCCGUGCUUUGUGCGGGACACGCGCCUGAUCUUCCACAACCAUAAAAUGUUUUACAAGUCUUCUGACUUUGGUCAGAUAGGAUUGGACUUGGAGGCAGAAUUUGAAAAGGACCUCAAAGAGAUGUUUAUUUUUUGCAAAGCCAAUGAGAACAGCUUCCAGACUCUUUGACACUGUUCUAGAAAAACUAAGGCACCCCAACUUCAGGAUCCAGAUGAUGUGACCCUGGCCAUCUUUAGACAGCCAGUGAGUCUAGAAUGUUAUUGGCUGCCCUCUUGACUCAAAGCCAGAGCCUUGUACCAUCAUCACACCUGUCUUUUCUUUCUACACCUAAAAGUGUGUGUGUGUGUGUGUGUGUGUGUGUGUGUGUGUGUGAAAUACACUUCUCAUCCCCAUCUAAGGCCUCUUCCUUCUCAAUAUUUACAUCUCUCUUCUCCCACAGUAUAUAUACUCAUUUGUUCAACUAAAACAAUACUACAACAAUAGCUUCAGAAUUUCUACCCUCACAUCACUAUGAAAAAGAAACUAAACUGA